AUGGCAAAUUCUGAAAGAGUUGAAGAAAUGCAAGAAAAUUAUCAGAGAAAUAGAAAACUGCAAGAACUGCCCAAAGUAAGACAGCAAGUUGUUGGACCUAUUGAGAUAUUUCGCUUUGCUGAUGGACUGGACAUCAUACUCAUGAUCCUAGGAUUACUAGCAUCACUAGUAAAUGGGGCCUGUCUUCCUGUAAUGUCACUGAUUUUAGGAGAAAUGAGUGACAGCCUUAUCAGUGGAUGUCUAGUCAAAACCAACACAACAAAUUAUCGGAACUGUACUCAGUCUCAAGGAAAAGUGAAUGAAGAUAUGAUUGUGUUGAUCCUGUAUUAUGUUGGAAUUGGAGUUACUGCCUUGAUUUCUGGCUAAAUACAGAUUUCCUUUGGGGUUAUGACUGCAGCUCGACAGACCAAGAGGAUUUGAAAACAGUUUUUUCAUUCAAUUUUGUCUCAGGACAUCAGCUGGUUUGACAGUUGUGACAUCGGUGAAGUUAAUACUCACAUGACUAAGAGGAUGGAUGUGCAUGACAUCAACAAAAUCAAUGAUGGUGUUGGAGACAAGGUUGCUGUGUUGUUUCAAAACAUGUCUACUUUUUCUGUUGGCCUGGUGAUUGGUUUGGUGAAGGGCUGGAAACUCACCCUGGUGACUCUGUCCACAUCACCUCUUAUAACUGCUUCAGCAGCCAUGUUUUGUAGGAUUCUGAAAGGUCUGAAUCUCAGAAUUAAGUCUGGAGAGACAGGCAACGGCAGUGGGAAGAGUACAGCAGUCCAAUUUCUGCAGAGGUUAUAUGAUACUGAUGACGGCUUUAUCACAGUGGAUGGUAACGACAUCAGAACUUUAAAUGUGCAGCAUUAUCGAGAACAUUUUGGAAUGGUCAGCCAAGAGCCUGUUUUGUUUGGGACCACCAUUAAUAACAAUAUUAGAUAUGGACGAGAUGGCGUGACUGAUGAAGACACUGAGAAAGCAGCAAAGGAAGCAAAUACUUUUGAUUUUAGAAUGGAGUUCCCCAUGAAACUUAAUACCUUGGUAGGGGAAAAAGGAGCUCAGAGGAGUGGAGGACAGAAACAGAGAAUCACGAUUGCUCGAGCUUUAGUUCAAAACCCGAAGAAAAUAAUUUUAUUAUCUUCAGUUUCAAGGAAAGGUCGGACUACAAUUGUGGUAGCUCACUGGAUUUCCACUGUUCGAAGUGCAGAUAUGAUUGUGACUAUAAAAGGUAUGAUGGUGGUGGAAAAAGGAACACAUGCUGAACUAAUGGCAAAACAGGGUCUAUAUUAUUCACUUGCAAUGUCACAGGAUAUUUUAAAAGCUGAUGAAUAGAUGAACUCAAUGGCAUAUUCUACUGAAAAAGAUAUCAGCUCAAUUCCUCUGUGCUCUAUGAAUAGCAUCAAGUCAGACUUUACUGACAAGUCUGAGGAAUCCAUCCAAAAUAAAGAGGUAAUGUUUCCUGAAGUUUCUCUAUUAAAAAUUUUUUAAUUAAACAAGUCUCAAUGGCCUUCUGUGGAUCUGGGGACAUUGGCUUCUGUUCUAAAUGGAACUGUUCAUCCAGUAUUUUCCAUCAUCUUUGCAAAAAUUGUAACUAUGUUUGAAAAUGAUGAUAAAACCACAUUGAAGCAUGAUGCUGAAAUUCAUUCCAUGAUAUUUGUAAUUUGGGGUAUUAUCUGCUUUGUCAGUUAUUUCAUUCAGGGAUUAUUUUAUGGCAGAGCAGGGGAAAUUUUAACCAUGAGAUUAAGACACUUGGCAUUUAAAGCCAUGUUAUAUCACGAUAUCUCCUGGUUUGAUGAUAAGGAAAACAGCACAGGAACCUUGACAACAAUAUUAGCCAUAGAUAUAGCACAAAUUCAAGGAGCAACAGGUUCAAGGGUUGGUGUCUUAACACAAAACGCAACUAACAUGGGACUUUCAGUUAUCAUUUCCUUCAUGUAUGGAUGGGACAUGACACUCUUGAUUCUGAGUAUUGCUGUACUUGCUCUGACAGGAAUGAUUGAAAUGGCAGCAAUGACUGGAUUUGCCAACAAGGAUAAGCAAGAACUUAAGCAUGCUGGAAAAAUAGCAACCGAAGUUGUGGAGAAUAUAUGCACUACUGUGUCAUUAACAAGAGAAAAAGCCUUCGAGCAAAUGUAUGAGGAGACGCUUCAGACUCAGCACAGAAAUACCUUAAAGGAAGCACAGAUCAUUGGAAUCUGUUACACAUUCAGCCAUGCCUUCGUAUAUUUUGCCUAUGCAGCGUGUUUUCGAUUUGGAACUUAUUUAAUUCAAGUAGGACGAAUGACCCCAGAGGGCAUGUUCAUAGUUUUUACUGCAGUUGCAUAUGGAGCUGUGGCCAUUGGAGAAACACUUGUUUUGGCACCUGGAUAUUCGAGAGCCAAAUCUGGGGCUGCACAUCUGUUUGCUUUGUUGAAAAAGAAACCAACUAUAAACAGCUAUAGUCAAGAAGGAAAAAAACCCGACAUAUGUGAAGGGAAUAUAGAGUUCCGAGAAGUCUCUUUCUUGUAUCCAUGCCACGCAGAUGUUCUAAUCCUUCACAGUUUAUCCCUCAGCAUUGAGAAAGGGAAGACUGUAGCAUUUGUUGGGAGCAGUGGCUGUGGGAAAAGCACUUCUGUCCAACUUCUGCAGAGAUUUUAUGACCCAGUGAAAGGACAAGUGCUCUUUGAUGGUAUGGAUACAAAGGAAUUGAAUGUACAGUGGCUCCGCUCCCAAAUAGGAAUCGUUUCUCAAGAGCCUGUGCUAUUCAACUGUAGCAUUGCUGAGAACAUUGUCUAUGGUGAUAACAGCCAUGUCGUGCCAUUGAAUGAGAUAAAAGAAGUAGCAAAUGCAGCGAAUAUCCACUCUUUUAUUGAGAGUCUCCCUGAGAAAUACAACACACAAGUUGGACUGAAAGGCACACAGCUUUCUGGCGGCCAGAAACAAAGACUAGCUAUUGCAAGAGCUCUUCUCCGAAAAGCAAAAAUUUUAUUGUUGGAUGAGGCCACUUCAGCCCUUGAUAAUGAGAGUGAAAAGGUGGUUCAGCAUGCCCUUGAUAAGGCCAGUAAGGGGAGGAUGUGCCUAGUGGUGGCUCACAGACUCUCCACAAUACACAACGCAGAUUUGAUAGUGGUUCUGCACAAUGGAAAAAUAAAGGAACAAGGAACUCAUCAAGAGCUCCUGAGAAAUCGAGACAUAUAUUUUAAAUUAGUAAAUGAACAGUCAGUGCAGUGA